AUGAGAAAGAUUUGGGGCAGAAGAGACAAAGACAAGAGGAAGAGCAUUACUCAUAAUAAUAAUGGUUCUCCUCUCAUAUAUUCCCAUCAACAGUUUGAUUCAAGUGAAAGUUUACCACUAAAACAACAUCAACCACAACCGCAACUGCAACUGCAACUGCAACUGCAACUGCAAUACCACCACCAACUGCAGCAUUCAGUGGAUGAUCCAUAUGAAUACGAUGAUGUAUCAUCAAUACAUGGUCAACAAUCCUUUGCAUCAACUGCAGACAAGUAUUCCACUCACAGUAGUGCCACCUUAACUACCACAACAAACUCAAACUCAAAUUCCAAUUCCAAUUCCAAUUCCAACACUAAUAGCAUUCCAAGAUCAUACAUGUCUCCUAGGAUUGGUGCCAAUCAAAUGCAUCAACAACAACAAUCAUCCACAUCAUCUAUAUCGGUGCUACCCGGUUCUACGUCAUCCACUCUGGGUGUUAAAUUAAGUUCAUUGAUUAAACCAGAACAUGAUUCUUCGCUCAUCAAACACAGCUGGUUAAAUGGUAUAAUUAGUGGUGGUGAUGUAACCGAAAACAACCUUAAAUUAUACCGCGCUGAAUUGAAAGGAUCCCACUUAUAUUUGUACAAACCAGCUCCAAAUCUAAACAUCAGGAGUUUUCGAUUAGACGAGCCACCGAUUCCCAAAGAAGUCGAGGCAAUGAUGCAACACAGUAAUAAUAGCAGCGGGAGCUUAAUAAACUCAGGUUGCAACCCAACAUCAAACAAUAAUCUUAGCACUGUGCAUGAUACUGCUACUGUUGAUACAGUAACAUCCACCCUUGUUGAAUCAAAAUCACUUGAUACUUCACGGAUAUCAAGCCCAGUUGUAACAAGUACACCAACAAAUGGGCCACCAAAUCUAAAUUUGAGAAAGAAUUCAUUGGUAGACACUCCAACAUUGGCAUUAAAGAAAGAUAUAAUUGAACCUCCCCGUACUAGCAGUAUUCCAAAUACUCCUGUUACUGCUCCACCAUCAUUACCAAUAACUUCAUCCGCAGACAUUUCGGAAUACAGAAUUACUUAUUUCAAAGUGCAAGUACCACAUCCAGAUUUAGUGUAUGACUUCAGUUCCCAUUCAUUCACUGUACCUUUAUUUAAAGAUGGUAAGAAUUCCUUGGAAGCAUUGUUACAUUUCUUGUUUUUCAGCCAGGACCCUGCCGACAGUCAUACGAUUCAAACAAUUGUUAGUACUUUGCCUAUUUUACCUGAUUUUGGUCAAAUAUUGAAAUUUGCAUCUAUAUACUUGUCUUGUAUCUUUGAAAAAAAAUUCGACGGUGUGGCCAAUAUUGAUUUAGUGGUGCAACGAAUCCUUGCAGUUUUGAAGAAUUUGGAAGAGCAUUUUGAUGGGUAUUUGUUAAAAUCAGACAUAGCUCCGUAUAUAUUGAGAAUAUUGGAAAUUAUCAAUCAUCACGAGUUAGAGGAUAUCACGAUAUUCAAGAAUAAGAUGUUGCUGAAACAACAAAUGUUGAUUGACUUGGUUAAUAAUGACAAUCUUCCUUUAAAUGUCCAGCCAUUCCAAGAUUUGAAUUCCCUGGUGUUUAUGAAGGAGGUUAAUUUGAUUGAUUUUGCGUAUACCAUCAGCGAAAUCGAUUUAAGAUUUUUCCAGAAUUGGAAUUCCAAUAUCGAUAAGUCAUUAUUACUAUAUUCUUCUAUUAGCGAUGAUUCCAAUAGAGAUUUUUUUUACAAGAAGAAUCCAUUGAUAUUUAAUAAUGACUAUCAUGUACACUAUUUAUCAAGGUUAUUGAUUAACCAUUUAUUUAUUGAGAACACAAACACAGCCAUGAGCUCGGCUAGUUUAGAAGCCAAAGCUCGAUUAUUGGAAAAAUGGAUCGAUUUAGGUUGUUUGUUGGACAAAUCAGGGAAUAUGUCAUCAUGGUUGGGUAUAUCGUCAAUCAUCUUAUCCCAACCAGUAUUAAGAUUGAACAAAAUUUGGUGUUUGGUGUCUCCUGAUUAUAUCAAAUUAUUGAAGAAUGACUGGUCUCCGGUGUUGUUUGAAUUGGAUAGAAGAUACUUGAUUAAUGAGUCUUCUAUAGACCUGAGCAAAUCACCACAUUUAAACAAUGAAGAUGCUAGAGAUUUUAAUUCCAAGGACUCAUAUCAUAUCAUGGCUCCAAGAGGAUUAGGUAAAAUCUAUCCUAAAGAAAGGGUCAUUCCUUACUUUGGUGAUUUGGUAAUCAAUAAUAGUGUUGGUGUUGACAAGAGUGUGGAUAUAUAUGAAACAGAAUCGAUUUGGAAGAGAAUCAACUACUCAUUCGAUAGAUGGAACGAUUACUUGGCCAACUUGAACAAUCAUGACGAUAUUAUUAAAUAUAAUGACGAUGUCAUACGUCGAUACGACUCCAUGGGUUUUAUGUUUUCUAACGAAAGUUUAAAUCAAGUCUUGUACUUGGGCUCUAAUAGUGAUGAUAGAAAAAUGGACGGAUCCAGACCCCCAAUGAGACACAGAAGCUCAAACUCCGACUUGAAGAAUAAGUUGUUACGUUUGAUAGAAUUGAAUUGUGAUUCAAUCAAUUUGGAAAAGAUUAUGAAGUUAUCGGUAAAUUUGGAACCUGAAUUGCCAGAAGCUUAUUUAAAUAUUUCCAACACAAUUUCAGUUAUUCCAUCCACUCCAUUGGAAUUAUCAUUCUUAAGAACUGCUGGUAACAGAUCAAGUGUAUCUAUAAAUUCAAUAGAUUCAACUCAACAUUCAAGUGAAACAAAUAGUCGUGCCGAGUUCAACCCAACAAUGCGACUCCCUACAUUUAAUAAUCGUUAUUUCAAAAUAAACUUGGUCAAAUAUGAUGAAUUAACCAACUCAGACGAAAAAUUAGUAACACCACCAUUAGAUCCAUCGAUUAACAAGCAUAAUUUUGUUGUUGAUUCGGGGUUGACCUUCAGAAUUGACGACUUUAUUUCCGAGGUGGACGAUUAUUCAUCACAAUCUUUGGGUGUUGUCACAGGUGGUGGAAGUGAAGAUUUUGUUGCCGGCGAUGACGAUGAUGAUGUUCCGGGCUUGGGUAUUGAUGUUGAUGUUAUUUUGAAUUCAGACAAAUUUACAAAUUUCCUGUUAUCACCAAAGAAUAAUACUAACAACUUGGGUAAUUCCAAUGCUAACAAUCAAAGUGAUAUGACUGUCGACGGCAACAUUAAGCGGAUGUAUAAGUUCAUCCCUAAAUACGCGACAGUGGACAAGUUGAUUGAUUUGUUACUACUUGACUCCAGAUACUUUCAUCGUGAUGUUCACCUUGAUAUGACUGAGUAUAGAUUUGUGUUUUUGUUGAACUAUAACUCCUUUAUGACUACUAAAGAUUUAUUGGAAAAAUUAGCUCAUAGAUUUGUUAAUUCUGGAAAUGCUGUUAUUUCGGUAAUGAAGAAGAAUUAUUUGCUCAAGAAGUAUAAUGGCGACCCAGAUAAAGGUACUAAAGGUGAGCCUAACUUUAACAAAGGAGGUCCAGAAUUGCCAAUUAAUUUCCCAAAUUGGGAUUUGGAUACAGCCGUUGAUUUGAACGAAUUGGGUGAAGUUGAUUAUGAAUUAUUGUUGAAGAUUCAGAUUAACAUUUUGAAAGUGUUGAUCGUUUUGAUUAACAAUUUUUACUCCAAUUUCUCAUUGGACUUGGCAAACAAGAAUAUUCUUAUUAAAUUAUUGAAGUUGUUCAGUAAUGAAAUUUUACAAUGGUACAAUUCAAACAAGAUUGAUAACUCAUUAGAAAGAUCGUUUGAAAGUUUGGUUACUUAUUACAAGAAAUUGAAGAAACUUUUUGUUAAGAAAACCUAUCGUCCGGUGGAAGUUCUGAAAUUUGACGAAUAUUUGAUUCACGAGUUUAGAUUCAAUAAUUCACUUCACGAAGUUCCAAUGAAUAGAAACUUGCCAAGUCAUCGAAAUGUCCAUAAGAUAGAAAAAUUCUUGUACAAGUUCAACAAGUUGUUAGCUGUAUUCUACAAGGGUAUCAAGGCAGAGGAUUGGGUUAAGGUUUACAAAAUUUUGGAAAACUCAUUUGAGAAGAAUGCGUUGCUUGAUUUUAGUUUGCAAAAGACAUCUACUCCAGAUGAUCAAAUUAUAGUCUCCAAUAUUUUCAACUUUUUUGAAUCUUUGGUUAUGCCAAACGAUCGCCAAUUGUUAUUGAAGACAUUCCCAUUAGUUUUCCGCAAAUUGUUCAAGGUUUAUUUUAAAUUCAAAAGCUAUUUACUUGUGCAGUUGACUGACUUGAACAUUACUUCUGAUGAAAGAUUGGACAGAAUGAAAACUUUGUUGAUUAUGGCCAAAGUGUCCAAGUUGAAAAUGAGUGACAACCAAUUUGUAUUUGAAGGAACUGGUAAUAUUCCAUCAUGUAUUGAGACAGCUAUUAUCAAUGUUGUUUACUCACCCGAGUCCAGAGUGUUCUCAAACUUGUGGGUAAGAGCAGCACAAUCAUUGCAGCGUCACCAUCAAGAAGGAAAUAACUUUGAUGAUAUCGAUCUGUUGUUACCUCAGCAUAUCACAAUCCAUGAUUUACAAUCAACUGAACCAUUGUUGCCUUGUUUUGGUUGGAUUAUUGAAAACUUGAUUGAAACCGAUAAAUGUCCUUCUUAUUUCAAAAAUAUGAUUAAUUUCAACAAGAGAUACUUGAUUUACAAAUUGAUUAGAGAAUUAAGUGUUGAAGAUUUUGAAGGUGAAUCUGGUAAUGGUACUGCUGGUGAGUUCAGUUUCCACGAUUCUCAUGAGUUUGACUUUUUAUUGAAACUUGAUGAAUCAUUAGUUAAUCAACAAAACUACCGUGAAUUUUCUCCAGUUGAAAAGUAUAGAAUCUUUAGAAAUGUGAUGAGAGAACAAAAUCACAUCUUGUUGGUUGAUAACCAAAAGAAACAAUCAAGAGAUUCAAAAACUCAUCCGACAUCGAUCAACACACCUUACAAUAGUAUUUCCUCAGCAAGUGGCAACUCUGCUGUGAAUGGUUCUAAUAGUGGUUUGAAUGGAAUGCACACAUUAACAAGAAAAACAUCAAACACUUCACUCAAACGUCAAUCAUUGUCUUACAAGUCCAAUUCUUCAUCCAGGUUUAAAAUCAGUGGGUUAUUCACCAAAUCAAGACCUUUUUCUUUGUCGGGAAAUACCAGUGUACCAGAGAGAGUGGUUUCUGUUAAAGAGUUACCUAAUCCAGAAACUCAGCUUGAACUUACUAAAAAACCUACUUUAGUUAUUCCUUUGAAACUGAUGAAAAUUUUCCCAGUGUAUCUUAUGGCAUUGUGUUUUAAGAUUGAUUCAGAAGCUGGUGAUGCAUAUUUCUUCCAAGCUACAGAUGAUUUGAAUUUGAAUGAAUGGUUAGUGCAUUUGAGUUAUGCCAACCGUCAUUGGUUCCAUUCAAAGUCUUUGAACAUGAAAAUCGGUGGUAAUCCUAUUUUUGGUGUUCCAAUCAGCUUUGUUUGCUCUAGAGAGCAAUCACUUGUUCCAAAGUUUUUGCAAGAAAUAUUUGAUGAGAUUGAAGAGAUUGGUAUUAAAGAUGUUGGGGUUUAUCGUAUUAGUACUUCUAUUAGUGAAUUGGCAUCGAUCAAACAAACCAUUGAUAAGUAUGGUAAACUUAAUUUUGACGACAAGGGCUAUGAUACUCAUGCGUUAACAAGUAUUGUGAAAUCUUAUUUCCGUGAAUUACCAGAUGCUUUGUUAACAGAUGAUGUGAUCAAUCAAUUCUUUGAGUUAAGACAAGAACAAGAAUGUAAUGAUAGUGAAAUUUCCAAAGAAGUUGAUAUUAUCAAGUAUCAAAACACAUUAACUUCUUUACCAAUUGCCAACUACAACACCUUAAAAGCAUUGAUCAAACACUUGAAUAGAAUCAGUGUUCACAGUGCAACCAAUAAAAUGUCUUAUUCAAAUUUGGCAACUGUUAUUGGACCUGCUUUAACUGAAGCAAGUAACUUGGAUAUUUUGAUUAACAACUUUGGAUUUAUGAAUUUAGUAUUGGAGAAAUUGAUUGCCAAUUACCAUGAAAUCUUUAAUGAUGACGAAGAGGAGAAGGUUGUUGAUGACGAUGAUGAUGAAGUACCAGAAACUCGAGUUAAUGUAGCUUUCACAUCCCCAAUUACAAAUGAAGCAGGAGGUUUAGAGGAUGAAGACGAAGAUGAUCAAUACCAUGAAGAAUCCACUGGGGACACAUCUGGAGUAACUGCUGAUGAAGGCGAUACAGCUGUUAUUAAACGAAGCUCAGAGUUUCAUGAUUUGCAUUUUUCUAAAGACGAAAAGCUUGAAAUUUAG